AGUUGAUGGAAAUUGGGAUUUUACAUAUUAUCAACUUACUGAUGAAAAAUUUCGUAAAGAAAAUGGAUUUUGGAACAAAGAUAGGAACAAAAAAUAUUAUUUUAAAUUUAUUCCAACAACACAGUCAGCUUCAUCUCCUGAUUCUAAACUCAUUAAUAACACCACCAAUAUUGACAAUAAAGAACUUAAUGAUAAUAAAUUUUCUUUAAAAAAAUCUGGUGGUCUCGGAUGCGUUUCAGUGUAUUUUUA